UCAUGGCUACAGCAACCCUACCAGGAGCUCCAACUUUUGGAGAUAUGAUAGACAUGCUGGAGGAGGCAGAGGAUUGUUCGUCGGUCAAUAAUUCGACUCUUUCAGAGGUUUUAUAUACUUUGUUCCAGAUGUGCUAUCCCACUGUUGUAGUCCGACCGCAGAGCUUGUAUAAUGCAGCUAAGCGUAUUGCUGCACCAGCAAAUUCUUCGUUAAGGGGAACCAGUAAACUUAGUGGUACAGCGCUUUCAUUAUAUAGAAGAAAGGAGUGGUUACCUCGAAUUAGAACAACUCAAUGUACUAAUGUUGCUUUUCCUAGUGGGCUUGUGUCAUAUGGUUUAAGUGAAGAUUUGUUAGGUACAGUCUUUGAUCAAUUUGAAAAUCACGAGCCACUUUCUUUGAGUCUCAGAGGGAUUCCAGUCCAUGGUUUUUAUCAAAACUUACACCCUUUCCUGAAGAAAUGGCCCGGUACUCAAAGUUCAACCAAGUCCUCAAUAGGAAAGUUUUAUUCUACAAUCGAUAUUAACUUAAACACCAAAUCGUAUCGACCAGAUACUGCAUAUCAAUUCAUUGAGAGGCUGGUCUUAUCUCAGUUUCUACGUAAUUCGAUUGUGAAGUAUGGAUUGGAACCCAAUGCUUCGUUGCAGUCUCAGGUGAAAGAGUGCAUGGAGUUUAAUCAAAAAGUAAUUUCAGAUUUAGAAGAAAUGAAGAAGCAAUGUGACGAAGCGAAAAGAGAGUUAAACAUCACACAGCUGACAUUAAGAGAAGCUUUGGAUGAAUUAAAGGUUACAGCAAAGUGUAAGAUAGCAGCAGAGAAGAAAGUUUCAUCUCUACAAAGUUCAAAUAGAAGUAGAUUAGCUGAUUAUAACUUGCUGAAAGAUUAG